AUGGACCGUGGUGGUGGCCUCCUGCCGUUCCAGCUAUGGUGCCCCAGGCCGUUUGGCACCUACUCACAGAACCAGCCGCGCCCACCUUCCACGACCCUCAAGCCAUCAGCCUGCCCCGAGCCGGGCAGUGGGGCGGAGCCGGACCGUGGGCCUGCCCAUUCAGAGAACACACCGCCCGCCUUGGCCCCGGAGACCCCGGCCCCUCAGCCUGCCCCACUCCUCUCCACUGCAGCUGCAGGCGAUGAGGGCCGAGUCCUGCUGGACACGUGGUAUGUGAUCAAGCCCGGGAAUACAAAGGAGAAGGUGGCCUUCUUUGUGGCCCACCAGUGCGGCGGGGGCAGCCGGGCCAGCUCCAUGAAGGUCAAGGGGCACUGGGGCAGUGACAGCUCCAAGGCCAAGCGGCGGAGGCGCUGCCUGGAGCCCACCAAGGCCCCGCUAGACCCAGGGGGCCGGGAGGGGCUCCCUGCUGCUGAGGGGGCCCCAGGCUUGGCCAGUGAGGACGUGGACCUGCUCUCUGUGGCUGAGAUGGUGGCCCUGGUGGAACAGCGAGCCGCCCUGGCCCUGCAGAACUACCCGCGCCCCGGCACCCCGGCGCCUGUGGUCUUCGUGUCGGCAGAGCAGGGCGGGCCGACCAAAGGGCUGGGGCCCGAACGGCGGGCCAGCAGUGGCGGUGGGGACUGCAGCCGUGUGGCUGAGGCGGUGGCCCACUUUGAGGCCCAGCGGGACAGCCCUCCAGCUAAGGGCCUCCGCAAGGAGGAACGGCCCGGGCCAGGCCCUGGGGAGGUUCGCAUUGCCUUCCGCAUCUCCAACGGCCGUGAGCCCAGAGCACCGGAUGGCAGCAUGCCCAAUGGGGGCGGGGGCUGGCCUGGCUGUGCCUACCCUGGCAGCCCGGGUCCUGGAGCCCGGACCAAGGACAAGAUCACCUGCGACCUGUAUCAGCUCAUCAGCCCUUCGAGGGAUGCUCUCCCCAGCAAUGUGGAGUUCUUGCUGGCUCGGGCAGAUGAAGCCAGUGAGGGCGAGAUCCCAACCCCUGCCAGGCCCGAGGACACCCCCCCAGCACCCCCUCCUCCACCUGCCCGGGACUGUGGGGCCUCCGGCUUCCACGUGGAUGUAGUGGUGACGGGCGUGGUGGACGAGUGUAUUUUCUUCGGCAAGGACGGCACCAAGAAUGUGAAGGAGGAGACGGUGUGCCUGACGGUCAGCCCUGAGGAGCCACCCCCUCCCGGCCAGCUCUUCUUCCUCCAGUCUCGGGGGCCAGAUGGGCCCCCCGAGCCGCCCCCUGCCGAUGUGCCAGCCACCGCGCCAGGCCCGGACGAUGCCGAGGGGGUGGCGGACACCUCGCUGUGCCGCCUCUACCGGCACGUGUCGCAUGACUUCUUAGAGAUCCGCUUCAAGAUCCAGCGGCUGCUGGAGCCUCGGCAGUACAUGCUGUUGCUCCCUGAGCACGUGCUGGUCAAGAUCUUCAGCUUCCUGCCCACCCGGGCCCUGGCGGCCCUCAAGUGCACCUGCCACCACUUCAAGGGCAUCAUUGAGGCGUUCGGCGUGCGGGCCACCGACUCACGCUGGAGCCGCGACCCCCUCUACCGCGACGAUCCCUGCAAGCAGUGCCGCAAGAGGUACGAGAAGGGCGACGUGUCGCUGUGCCGCUGGCACCCCAAGCCCUACCACCACGACCUGCCUUACGGACGUUCCUAUUGGAUGUGCUGCCGCCGGGCCGACCGCGAGACGCCUGGCUGUCGCCUGGGCCUGCACGAUAACAACUGGGUGCUGCCCUGUAACGGGCUGGGUGGGGGUGGAGGCCGGGCCGGCCGAGAGGAGGGCAGGUGA